AGAAAUACUGUGGAUCGUUCAUUUGUUGCACCAAUUAUGCUACAAGAUGGCACAAUUAUUGAGGGUAGAUCAAUUACUCCAAGGCACAUGCCAAACAGCUUCUAUCCAUUGGUGCUCGCUCGAGAAGUUGAAUUUCCAGGCAUACCUAUUAGCAAUUCUGGGUUCUGUUUGGACAAAAGGCUUGAUCGUAACAAGGCCAAGGGGAAGAUAGUUGUGUGCAUGAGAGGGGAAGGAGGAAGAAUAAGAAAGGAAUUAGAAGUUGAAAGAGCUGGUGGUGUUGGUUUCAUCCUUGGAAACAAUGAACUACUUGGGAAUGAUCUAUCAAGUGACGUUCACUUCAUUCCUUCCACUCAAGUGUCCUAUCACAAUGUCUUGAAACUCAUUCACUACAUCAAUUCUUCUUCUAAUCCAAUGGCAUAUAUGCUUGGACUAACCAGAAUCAUGUUGUAAGAAGCCAAGUUGCAGUGUCUUUUACCUAAUAUUAUUGCCUCUUGUUAAUCAUUUCAAUUGAUUUAUUAUUGGAGGGGCAUGCAUGAUUCAGAUAAGGUACUGCUACUAGAAGCACAAGUUGAUGGUUGUAGCUAUGAUCAUGUGAUAUAUAAUAUAUUAAGAAUUAAGAAUAUGGA